UCCAUUGACGGGAGAUGUAUGGCAGUCGAUGAAGGUGCAGCAGUAGUCUUGUUGAAGUCGGAUUGCAUACGAGUGUCCCAUUGUGCCGGGUGCCAAGUCGAUGUCCUAACCAGCGACAGUAGCCUUAGAGCUUGUUAGUGCAUUCGUGGUUGCCGUAUGUCAUGAGGAGAAACACCUUCCAGCUCUUGCCACGACACGUCUGCAGAAGAACGUCCCGUAUUCAUCAGGCACGCCCGAGGUUCCGCGAAACUGGCAAUAGCAUCAUGGCGGUUCCAGAUGCCGCUCGACAGAAACUGCGCGAGACAUUCGAAGGCCGUACUCUUGACAAGCAGCUGAGCGGCUGGGAUGAGCUCUGGAAGCAAGAAGUCACGCCGUGGGAUCGUGCUGGACCUUCUCAAGCGCUGGCAGACGCCAUCACUGGCAACGCCGACAUCUUGGGCGCCCCAAUCAAGAACGACCCGAGUAAGCAGCGGAAGAGAGCACUUGUUCCGGGAUGCGGUCGAGGAUAUGAUGUACUUCUGCUGGCGUCUCUUGGCUACGACGUGUACGGCGUGGAUGGAUCUCAGACCGCCAUUGAAGCUGCGCGUAAAAUGCAGAAAGGAGCCGACAAGUCAGCAACGUAUCGUGCGCUAGAGACGGAGUUCGGACGUGGUCGGGAAACUUUCGUGGAGAAUGACUUCUUCAAGGAUGACUUUCUGGAGACGACAGGGGGCGGGAACUUUGAUUUGAUCUUCGACUACACGUUCUUGUGUGCACUGCCCCCGCCACUAAGACCUUCUUGGGCCAAAAGGAUGAGUGCGCUCCUUGCACCAGGUGGUCAUUUGAUCUGUCUAGAGUGGCCGCUGCAUAAGCCCCCUCGAGAAGGAGGGCCACCGCAUGGGUUAUCUGCUGAGCUGUACGAGACACUACUGCGCAGACCUGGUCAAGAGGUACAGUACGAUGAAAGUGGUAAAAUAGCCACGAAUGAUGCCGAACUAGCAGGCAAUGCCUUGGUAUGCGCAAAGCGUUAUCGGCCUGAGCGAACACAUGAAGCUGGCAAGGAUUCAGACUAUGUGUCUCUUUGGCAGCAUACGAACUCAUCUUGA